ACUUGAUAAUCCAUGUUGAGGCCUAAUGGCCUAUAUUCUAUUCUCACCUUUUGUGGUUCGUUCAAUUGAAUAGCGAUAGCAAUCAACUCAAAUCUCUUCCCAUGCUCUCGCCGCCGAUCAACCGUGUCUGACCGCACCUCCGCCGCCGCUCGCCUCAAAAGAACACACUGAUUCUCCUUCUUCCACAAACAAAAAUGGCUUCAUCCACUCUCAUCUCUGACACUCAGCAAUGGAACGAGUUGAAGGUUCAUGUGGAGAGCAUCAAGAAGACCCAUCUUCGUGAUCUAUUGAGUGAUGAUGGGAGGUGCCAAUCGAUGCUUGUUGAUUUUGAUGACAUUCUGCUGGACUAUUCAAGGCAACAAGCCACCCCUGAAACAAUCCAGAAGCUUUUUAACUUGGCUGAGGCUGCAUCCCUCAAAGAAAAGAUUAACCGCAUGUUCAGCGGGGAACAUAUUAACAGUACUGAGGAUAGGUCGGUGCUUCACGUAGCCCUUCGUGCUGCAAGGGAUGCUGUUAUACAAAGUGAUGGGAAAAAUGUUGUUCCUGAAGUUUGGUCUGUUCUUGACAAGAUCAAGGAGUUCUCUGACCGGGUUCGCAGUGGAUCCUGGGUUGGAGCUACAGGAAAGGCCCUGAAGGAUGUUGUGGCAGUUGGUAUUGGUGGCAGUUUCUUAGGUCCACUCUUUGUACACACUGCACUUCAAACAGAUCCUGAAGCUAUUGAAUCUGCACGGGGUCGCCAACUGCGCUUUCUUGCAAAUGUUGAUCCUAUUGACGUUGCUAGAAAUAUCACUGGAUUAAAUCCUGAAACAACUCUCGUUGUGAUUGUUUCAAAGACUUUUACAACAGCUGAAACCAUGCUGAAUGCUCGAACUCUCAGAGAAUGGAUUUCAUCUGCACUUGGGCCCUCUGCAGUUGCAAAGCAUAUGGUGGCUGUUAGCACAAAUCUCACGCUUGUGGAAAAGUUUGGUAUUGAUCCUAACAAUGCUUUUGCAUUUUGGGACUGGGUUGGUGGUCGGUAUAGUGUUUGCAGUGCUGUCGGUGUGUUGCCGUUAUCUCUACAGUACGGCUUUUCAGCAAUUGAGAAGUUCUUAAAGGGGGCUUCCAGCAUUGAUCAACAUUUCUAUUCACAGCCAUUUGAAAAGAACAUCCCUGUGCUUCUGGGUUUAUUGAGCGUUUGGAAUGUUUCAUUUCUUGGAUAUCCUGCCAGAGCCAUCUUACCUUAUAGUCAAGCUCUUGAGAAGCUUGCCCCACACAUUCAACAGGUUAGCAUGGAGAGCAAUGGCAAGGGUGUUUCAAUUGAUGGUGUUCCUCUACCAUUUGAGGCUGGUGAAAUUGAUUUUGGUGAACCAGGAACUAAUGGGCAGCAUAGCUUUUACCAGCUCAUACAUCAGGGGCGUGUGAUUCCUUGUGAUUUUAUUGGAGUUGUAAAAAGUCAGCAACCUGUCUCUCUGAAAGGUGAAGUGGUGAGUAACCAUGAUGAGCUAAUGUCCAACUAUUUUGCUCAGCCUGAUGCCCUUGCAUAUGGGAAGACAGCUGAACAGCUGCAAAAGGAAAAUGUUUCCCCACAUCUUAUUCCUCACAAGACAUUCAGCGGAAACCGUCCUUCUAUCAGCCUUCUGCUUCCGUCAUUGAAUUCUUACAAUAUUGGGCAGUUGUUGGCAAUAUAUGAACACAGAAUUGCCGUAGAGGGUUUCAUUUGGGGAAUCAAUUCUUUUGAUCAGUGGGGAGUAGAGCUGGGGAAGUCACUGGCUACUCAAGUUAGAAAGCAACUUAAUGCUUCUCGUACUAAAGGAGAACCAGUUCAGGGCUUUAAUUUCAGUACUACAACAGUGUUGACAAGAUAUCUUCAGGCAAGUUCGGAGGUCCCUGCAGAUCUGCCAACUUCUUUGCCAAAAAUAUAAGUACAUUUUUGCUGAUUGUUUUUUCAACUAUGCAAAUAAAUAAAAAUAUCAUCUUGUGAACCUUUAUUUACAGCAUGUCUAGGGGCAUGUUUUAACAUCCUCACCUUUUUUUCUUUGUUCAGCUCGUUUCUCGGUUUUUCUUUGCUUUUUUGUUGAGUUAUCUCCUGCUGAGAAUGAAUACCGUUUUGGAUUGUAAUAUUUGUUUGGAGUGGAGCUUAUCCUGUUUUGUUGUAAACACAGCUUGGUUUGCUAGAUAUUCAUAGAAAAUUUGAGCUCAUUUGUAACAUGUUUCAAUGUCAUUAGUAAAGAGGGAUGUCUUGACCUAUAAA